GGGAACUGUAGGGGGCGAUAGGCGCUGCCGGCGCGUGAUCCUGGGGCCUCUCCGCCGCGCGCAGGACCAAGGCACUGAUAUUUGAACCGGAAGCUUCACAAAGUUGAAAAGAAUCUUCAGAACGGCUUUGAACCCAGACAAGCUAGGAAUCUCUUCUGAACACCACCUUCCGCAUGCAUCUCCCCGACUGGGCUUUCCUGGCCAGGAGCUUUUUGAAGAAGUCGUUCUGCAGAGAGCCAGAAUGCUAAUGCUCAUGGAACCAGCUUAGUGGAUUUGACUUUUCUGGUAGAAUUCUCUUGCCUUAUUAUAUACUCUCUCCCAGAGUUCUAAGACGUGUGGAGGUAUUCAGGGCACCAAAGAGCCUGCAGGGAAGGAAGUAAGCACUUUCAUGCUGAAUGAAAACCAAGCAGGUGACAGCUGUGGCUGAAAACAUUUAAACCUUUCACGCCUGGAUUUCCUGGAUCCGGGACACAAAGGAAUAGUCGCUGCUGGGGUGCAAGAAGCGAUCCCAGACAAGAAAACCCAAAUAAAUAGAAUGAGGGCAACAGGCAAGUAAAUGGCCACCAUUACCCCAACAGAGCCGACGUCAGCCUCCUGGUGGAAUUAUUUUUUCCUUUAUGAUGGUUCAAAGGUAAAGGAAGAAGGAGAUCCAACCAGAGCUGGUAUUUGUUACUUCUACCCUCCUCAGACCCUGCUCGAACAGCAGGAGUUGCUCUGUAGCCAGAUUGCGGGCGUUGUGCGCUGUAUCUCGGACAUCUCCGCCUCUGCUCCUACCCUCGUCCGUCUGCGGAAGCUGAAGUUCGCCAUAAAGGUGGAUGGAGAGUACCUUUGGGUCCUGGGCUGUGCUGUGGAGCUCCCUGACAUUAGCUGCAAGCAGUUUCUGGAUCAGCUCAUUGGAGUCUUUAAUUUUUACAAUGGGCCUGUUUCUUUGGCUUACAAGGACCGCUCUCAGGAAGACCUGUGCGCUGAAUGGGACACCUUCAUUGAACAGAUUCUGCAGAACACCAGUGAUCUGCACAAGAUAUUCAGUUCCCUCUGGAACCUGGACCGAACUCAAGUGGAACCCCUGUUGUUGCUGAAGGCAGCCCUCAUUCUGCAGGCCUGCCAGCGUUCACCUCACAUUCUAGCCGGCUGCAUCCUCUAUAAGGGACUGAUUGUUAGCACCCAGCUCCCACCCUCCCUCACGGCCAAGGUCCUGAUUUGCCCAGCUGCAUCUCGGCACCAGAGAAGACCUGCAGGAGGGGGUGGCCCGCAGGAACGGGGAGCGGCGCUCCCCCCGAAUGUCCGGAUCAUGCCUGUGUUCCUGACCAAAGAGGAGGCCACCAGUCUCCACGAGUUCCCGAGGGAGCAGGCAACGAGAUCUGUCACCUCGCCGGCUGGACUCCAGGAGUGCUCAGCCCAGCAGCACCCACAGCCUCGGAGCACCGCUGCCCCGACAGACAGUGCCACUGGCCACGUGGAGCCCACGGCCUGGAUGCUGGCAGCCACUCCCAAGUCUGCAUGUCCUGACAUAGCAUGGCCAGAUGGCAAGGCGGAGAACGGGCUCUUGGCUGGCCGUGAUCUGGAGAACAUCAGGCCUGCAAAACCGCACAGCCCUGCCAGGGACGAGGGUCCCGGUCUUGGCUACUCCCUGGUGAAGGAACUUCGUCUGCCCUUGGCGGGGGAGGAGCCAGACUUGUCUGCCAUCCACGUUCCAAAAGCUCAGGAAAUGGCAACAGCCUCAGGUUAUUUUGCCCUCCCGAAUAUGGGCGCCCCAGGUGGUGGUGGUCCUGCCUUUGAGGAAUUUGUCAGGGACUCUGGUGACCGGGAACCCGAGCCACCUGACGCCCCGCCCGUGGUCGUGGCCAUGGCCAUGAGCAGCCUCCUCUCUCCAUCCACUCCUGAGAUGCUCAGUCAGAACGGAGCCCUGGAACAGCACGACGACCUCCCAGAGGACAGCAGCCUAGCCCCCUUUCCCAGGGAAGACCACCUCCCCAGAAGGACAAGCAGGCCUCAGUCACGGCCUUGCUCAGACUUGAGGCAGAGAGGAACCACACUGCCCGUGGGGGACCAGGGCGUGGAGCGUGUUGGGGUGCACGACAGCUGCUCAGCACCUGGCAGCUCAGACUUGGCAGAGUCUCAGGACGACUACAGUCCCUCCGCACACGGAAGUGCCCCAAGGUCAACCCCAGCAUCCUGUGUGGGCCUCGUGCCAAUGAACCUUUACACCCACAGUGUUAACGGGCUGGUGUUGUCCCUGCUGGCCGAGGAGCCGCUGCUGGGUGACGAUGCUGCCAUCGAGGAGGUGGUGAGUGUGUGCAGGCCUGGCUGUGUACGCCUGUUGCAGCCCCGCCCAGGAGACCUACUUCCAGCAGCUGGCCGCGGCCGCGCGGAUCUCCGGCUUCCCCAGCCCGCAGGACAGCGCCUUCAGCCUCCCGGGCAAAGCCAAGCAGAAGCUGCUGAAGCACGGCGUGAACCUGCUGUGAGCCGGGCCGCGGCGCGAGGCUCACCACCCCCCCACCCCGGGAGGGCACUAGCAGCUUGACUACCAGCAAAGGGAGCUCUGCCUUCUGCAACAGAAGAGGUCCCUGUGUUCUUUCUUGGCCUAGUCCCCCUGUCAGGAACCGUGACGGUAUGUGUUUGUGAACUCCUUUUGUAGCCUGCGGUUGGAGCGGGUAGUUCUUCAGGUCAGCAGGCCCAGAGCUAUGCAGUAAAGGACUUUAUUCCACUGGCCAUGUCAUACCGAAGACGGGCAGGGCCAGGUUGUGGGCCUGUUGCUCUGCGUCUGACGCCGCCAGCGUUUCUCGCUGCCCUUCCCUUCGGGGCCUUAACUAGUGCCUCGAGCGUUCAGGUGGGUGUUUGCGUCCAUCCACAGGGGGAUGGGAGCGACCCUCAGGUGGACCGGUGCUCCCACACCUCCAGUGGGGGUGCCUCAGAGCGGUCCUCCCGGGAGGUCUGGACACUCGAUGCAGGGAGGCAGGCAGCGAUGCCAAAACCACCUCGUUUGCAUUCUUCUGGAACUAUAUUCAGAACCAGGAGCCUGUUCUUUGGAACACCCAUGGCGGGGGGCGGGGGGGGCAGAUCUUGGUAAUGUGGAAGGGAGCCUGGGGCUUUGAGGUAACUCUGAGCCCCAGGGUGCCGAGUGGGCUGUGCAGCUGGCCCCUCUUGAGUGAGUGUCCUCAACGAGGAGUUUCCCCAGUGUCCGGGGCAAAAGCAAAGCUGUGCUUCCCAGCGGCGGCUGUGUGAAAGGGCGCAGCGUGCUUGUAUGCCCCUGCCCGUGCCAGAGGCAGCCGGGGGAUGGUAGUGUGCUGCGGACCACAG